AUGGAGCUGUCCCAGCUCCUCAAUGAGAUCAGGGCAAACUAUGAAAGGCUGCUCACCAGAAACCAGAUAGAGACCGUGCUCUCAACAAGACUCCAGCUAGAAGAUUUAACCAAGAAAAUGGACAAAGAUGAAGAAGCGCUGAAGGCAGCCCGAGCAGAACUCAAAGAGGCCCGCCGUCAGUGGCACCAUCUACAAGUGGAAAUUGAAUCUCUCCAUGCCGUGGAAAGAGGCCUGGAAAAUUCACUGCAAGAGUCGGAGCAACAUUACCAGAUGCAGCUUCAAGACCUGGAGGCUGUGAUCGAAGGCCUGGAGAAAGAACUGGCGGAAGUGAGGAGAGGCAUUGAAAAGCAGCUCAGAGAGCAUGAGAUGCUACUCAACACGAAGAUGAGGCUAGAACAAGAGAUAGCGACCUAUCGCCGCCUUCUGGAAAAAGAAGAAAUCAGAUAUUACGGUUCUAUUCAAUCUGGGAAAGAAGAUAUAAAGCCUACUACAAGUCGAGUAGGCUUUAUCUUACCUCCAGUAUCCAGUAAAUGCUACAUUCCUCAGGAAGUGUCUUUUUCAACAGAGGUCAUACACAAACGUGAGAAAGAAAAGGUAGAAACUGUGACCAAACAGGCCAUCUUAAACGGAAACGUUGUGAAGGAAAGUACUGAAGCCCAUGGGACCAUACAGACAGAAAGAGUGGAUGAAGUUAUUAAAGAAUGGGAAGGUUCUUUCUUUAAAGAUAACCCACGAUUAAGGAAAAAAUCUGUUUCUCUACGAUUUGAUCUACACUUAGCAGCCACAGAUGAAGGGUGCUUACAGACUAAACAGGAUAAUCUACCCGACAUAGAGGUCAGGCUCAUUAUGCGGAGGUCAUGCAGCAUCCCCUCUAUCAAACCUUCAACAGGAGCUAAUUAAUCCAAAGA